AUGAAGCUAGCCGUUCAAACGGUUCAGUCCGUUGUUAAAGAAAUUGAAAUCGAUGGGCAGCAGACGUUCGAUGACUUGAGAAAUGAGAUUAGCAAGGCCUACAACUGGCCGGCGAAUGCCAAGGUCGUAUUGGUACACAACUCACGGAUACUGUCCCAGACCACCGAAGCGCUUUCGACAUAUCCGAAUUUGAAGGACGGCGAUAAGUUGGCCGUGAUGAAACGCACGGUCGCCAGCGCUCCGAAGCCCGUGACCCCCGCCGGUGUUGCUCCGGUCGGCAUCACGCCGGCCGCCGUCGCUCCGGUCGUCGCCGCUCCGGCGGCAGCUGCGGCCACUCCUGCCGCCGCCGCUUCUGCCGAAGCCGGUGCGGCCCCGGCGCCCGAAGCAUCCUCAUCCGCCCCUGCCCCUUCCGACGCCCCUGCCCCCAGUUCAGCCCCGUUCGGUUCGGCUUUCCAAAACUCGGAAAUGGUGGCGAUGAUUACGGACAUGGGAUUCGAACGCGAGAAGGUACAACAGGCCCUGGUUGCCGCCUUCGGAGAUCCCGACCGCGCGGUGGAUUACCUCAUGAACGGCAUUCCCGCCAACGUCGCGCGGGACAUGGCUGCCGCUGCUGCUCCCGUGGCUGACCCUGCACGUCUGGCGGCCCUGGCCGCAGCUUCUGGGAAUGCCGGGUCUGGGCCUGCCGUUCCCGGGACUACCGCUGCUGCGACUACCGCUCCUCCAACUACUGGUUCUGGCAUGGCGCCAGGUACAGCGGCUGGUGGGUUACAGACGGAGGCGUUCGGGUCAAUGCCGAUGGGUGGCGGAGCUUCGGCGCCGCCGACGGCGGCGCCGACGGCGGAGCCGACGGCGGAGCAGAGUCAGAACCUUAUGGCGCAGCUCAGUCAGUUGGCGGCCGCGGAUCCGAGUAUUUUGCCGCACAUUCUGCGGGCGAUGGGUGAGCAGAACCCUGGCAUGCUGCAGUUCAUUGAGCAGAACCCGCAGGUCUUCUCUCAGGCACUCGCCUCCAUGGCCGCUCAGGGUGCCGAGGGACCGGGACUAGAGCGUGACCCGCCCGGAGUCAUUACGGUGCAACUCAGCCAAGCAGAAAUGGAUGCCGUCGGACGUCUCUGCGAACUCGGCUUCUCGCGCGACCUCGUCGUCCAAGCCUAUCUAGCUUGCGACAAGAACGAGGAACUGGCUGCCAACCUUCUCUUCAAUUCACUCGACGCAGACGACGCACCCUAA